GAUAAAAACUACUACGAUGGCGGUAGGAGAGGCUGCCGGGAGACGGUACGGCAGCCCGAGAGGCCACACUGCGCUCGCGUCGGGGCGGCGGAGCACACGCGGAAUCGGCGGAGCGAGUGCUGAGUCGGUGCCGCCGCCGGCUCCCCCUUCACCCGGGAGACGCUUCGGGGCCGCGGAGCCUUGUGGGGCCGCAACAAAAUGGAGGCGAACGGGAGCGGCAGCGGGAGCAGUAGCGACUCGGCUCCCGACUGCUGGGACCAGGCGGACAUCGAGCCGGGCAGCGGCGCCGGCCCGGGCUGCGCCCCGCCAGCCGCGGAGGCCGAGGCGCAGCAGGAGCUGCUCGGGGCGGCCUUCAGCCGGCAGCUGAACGUCAACGCCAAGCCCUUCGUGCCCAACGUCCACGCCGCCGAGUUCGUGCCGUCCUUCCUGCGGGGCGGCCCGGCGCCCGGCCUGCCGCCGCCCUCGCCCCCGCCCGGCCUCCCGCCGCCGCCGCCGCUCGGUGUACCUGUAGAGCCUUCUCCAGAGGAGCAGACAGCCUCUUGUGAAGGUUCAAAUGCUGCUGUUAACAUGGAAAUUUCAGAAUCUGUUGUGGAAAAUGGAGAGACAGAAAUGUCCCCAGAAGAGUCAUGGGACCACAAAGAAGAACCCAGUGAAGCAGAGCUAGGAGGUGGUCCUGCAGGGGAUGCGGGGCCUUCUGAAGAGAGCGCUCAGGAAAUGAUGGAAGAGGAGGAGGAAAUACCAAAACCGAAAUCUGUUGUAGCACCUCCAGGUGCUCCGAAAAAAGAGCACGUAAAUGUAGUAUUCAUUGGACAUGUAGAUGCUGGCAAGUCAACUAUUGGAGGACAAAUAAUGUAUUUGACAGGAAUGGUUGACAAAAGAACACUUGAAAAGUAUGAAAGAGAAGCUAAAGAAAAAAACAGAGAAACAUGGUACCUUUCAUGGGCCUUAGACACAAACCAAGAAGAACGAGACAAAGGUAAAACAGUAGAAGUGGGUCGUGCCUAUUUUGAAACGGAGAAGAAACACUUCACUAUUUUAGAUGCUCCUGGACACAAGAGCUUUGUUCCAAAUAUGAUUGGUGGGGCUUCUCAAGCUGAUCUUGCUGUUCUGGUAAUUUCUGCAAGAAAAGGAGAGUUUGAAACUGGAUUUGAGAAAGGUGGACAAACAAGAGAACAUGCCAUGUUAGCAAAAACAGCAGGUGUAAAGCAUUUAAUAGUUCUUAUUAAUAAAAUGGAUGAUCCAACUGUAAACUGGAGUAAUGAAAGAUAUGAGGAAUGUAAAGAGAAACUGGUGCCAUUUUUGAAGAAAGUUGGCUUCAAUCCCAAAAAGGACAUUCAUUUCAUGCCCUGCUCAGGACUGACUGGAGCAAACCUUAAAGAACAGUCAGAAUUCUGUCCUUGGUAUAUUGGAUUACCAUUUAUUCCAUACCUGGAUAAUUUGCCAAACUUCAACCGUUCAGUUGAUGGACCAAUCAGGCUGCCAAUUGUGGAUAAAUAUAAGGACAUGGGCACUGUGGUCCUUGGGAAGCUGGAGUCAGGCUCUAUUUGCAAAGGACAACAGCUUGUGAUGAUGCCAAACAAGCACAACGUGGAAGUUCUUGGAAUCCUUUCUGAUGAUGUAGAAACUGACUCAGUAGCCCCAGGUGAAAAUCUAAAGAUCAGACUGAAGGGAAUUGAAGAGGAAGAGAUACUUCCAGGAUUUAUUCUCUGUGAUCUCAACAACCUUUGUCAUUCUGGACGCACAUUUGACGCCCAGAUAGUGAUAAUUGAGCACAAAUCCAUUAUCUGCCCAGGUUAUAAUGCAGUGCUGCACAUCCACACUUGUAUUGAAGAAGUUGAGAUAACAGCCUUAAUCUGCUUGGUAGACAAAAAAACAGGAGAAAAAAGUAAGACACGGCCCCGUUUUGUGAAACAAGAUCAAGUCUGCAUUGCCCGUUUAAGGACAGCAGGAACGAUCUGCCUUGAGACAUUCAAAGAUUUCCCUCAGAUGGGUCGCUUCACUUUAAGGGAUGAGGGUAAGACCAUUGCAAUUGGAAAAGUUCUGAAACUGGUUCCAGAGAAGGACUAAGCAUUUUUCUCAAUGACCCCGCACAAUACUGUGAGGAAAAUCGACUCAGCAAAAGCCUACUUCACACCGCCGUCUUAUUUUCUGCCCAUUGAUAAACUUCUCCCCAUAUUUUGCAAAGACAAAUUUCACAGCAAAGGUCCACAUUAUGUCAGCUUUCUCAUAUUGAGAGCUCUGCUAUGCCACUGUUGAAUUUUCCCAAAAAGAAUUUUUUUUUUCUCCCAAAUUCUGCUUCCUUGGAAAGAUUCGGCAAUAGCUUUGUAAGUGAUGUGGACAUAAUUGCCUAUAAUUAUGAAAAUCUAAAGGAUUUUUAAUGUUUAAUUUCCCCCAGCAUCUAUAUUAAGAUCUCUUUUUCCAGGCAGAUCAUUCAGAGUGUGCGAGUGUGUGUGCACAUGUUACAAAGAUGACUACCAUGUUAAUAAACUAUUCAAUUUGAAAUCUUUUUCGGUAUUGGAAUUGCUUUUGAAUAAUGUUUUUUAUCCGGAUGUAACACAGUUGCAUUAGCUUUUUAACUUCCCAGUAACCCAGAUACUUGGUUACUUGGACUUUUCUAAACUCCUCAGCCUCCCCACACACAGUUUUAAAUGAGGCAAUUGGGCACUCAACCAAGUUUGUAUUAAAAUAAUUAGGUUUUGCCCCUUCCAUUUCUUGAAUGCAUUCUGAAAACUAAAAAAACUUUCAUGCAAAUGUGGCACCUUCAUUAGCUUUACAUUGGUUAAUAUCUUCAGCAAAUUUAGGUUGACCUAACAUUACUACUAGAUACAGGAAGUCAAUUUUGAAGGCUAGAACUACAUAUAGUGUCUUUAUAAAAAUUCAGCAUUAUUAAAUUCAUAACUGCAGAAAAUGCUAACAACAAGUAAAUCAGUGAAACUUGCAAAAAUAAGAAAAUCUGUGGCAAUAGUGCCUAUUAGUAUUUAUAAGAGCUACAUUUUGUGGGAGAACUGGGCCAAUUAAAAAGUGCCAGUUACAUAAAUUACUCAGUUCACCCUGUCUUCAAUUUAGAGGGCUGGAUAAUCCUUGCUGUUUUAAAGAUCAGUCUGAACCGAGAGGGAGAAAGACUAUUUAAAUCCCUAAGAGUUUGCACAUACUGAAAUAUGGGAGGUCAGAAUCAAGCACAGUCUGUAAAUUUUUGCAUAUCAAAAAGCAAUGUAAGCUUAUGAGGACCGGUGAAGUUUUACUUGAGAAAUUAAAGCAAAACUGGUUCAAUGUAAAGCUUACUCAGUACAACUUGAAGGAGCUGCAUAAUAAAACCCUAUUUAGCUGCACUUUGAAAAUGGACUGUCUGCAAUUGCUGUCCUGAUUCUAACAAUUAGGAUGAAGGCUAAGGGAUUUUUUUCAUUUUUCAGAGUAUUAGUAGUAAUUAUUAAAAGGUAUCUUCUGAUCUUCUUCAGAAUAUCUUAAACUAAACAUUCUCAGCUGUAAAAUUGGUAAGCCCAUCUUCUCCCCAAAAAGUUUACAGUCCAGUGACUGUAUCUGAAUUGAAACUCAAAACUGAAACAGAUCUACCAUUUUUGGGAUUUUUUUUUUUUGUUUGUUUUGUUUGUUUCUUUGUAACUGUGGAACUCCCGUUCAUUUCACUUACAGCUACAUUGUAUGGACAGAAGAAGUUAUUGUCCUUCAGUUUCAUAUGACUACACUUGUAGCUACCGUAAUGCAUGGAAUUUAAAUAAAUUUUAUUAUGUCUGCAAA